UUCGCGUGCUUGCUUGCUUGAAUCCUGCCAUCAACCCUAGCCCAGCACCACCCCAAGUGCAGCGGCACUCUGAUGGACGAAUGCUGCAACAAUGCAACAAGGGGCCCGCGCACGCUUGAGGUGGCUGGAUUUGGCAUUUGCCGCAGUAUGCCCGUAUGUGGGGGCGAAGGGGGAAGGAGGAGUGGGAGGGCGAACGGGGGACUUGAUGGCGAGCCCUGAUACCGUGUGCACUUGUGCAAUUUUGCCCGGCCAUUGCACUGUGCGGUGGGCGGCCAAGAACCUGAAGACCCGGCUGGGCGAAAAAGGGCCGUUUGGCAUCCGCCGGCGCACAACAAAGAACCGGUUCGCUCGCCAAACUCGGUCACUACAGCCGGACCAAUGGGCCAUCAUGCCCAAUACCGCUGUGUCCUUUCCCGUUCAUCCUGGUUUUUCUCUCCUUCGCUGUCAAGUUUUCUGCUUGCCCGCCGCUGCUGUCGUUGCUCGUUUGCCUCCUGUCUCGUGUCUCAUCUCGAAGUGACCUCGAGACGCUCUUGAAACGAGCGGACCGUCUUGGUGAUUUUUGGGGGGUGUUGAAGGCGAGGUUUCGUGCUACAUCUGGUCCUUUCGUUGAUAGCCAUCGUGGAUGCUGGG